UGUCCACACAGAGACAGUCUGAAUGUCCACACAGAGACAGUCUGAAUGUCCACACAGAGACAGUCUGAAUGUCCACACAGAGACAGUCUGAAUGUCCACACAGUGACAGUCUGAAUGUCCACACAGUGACAGUCUGAAUGUCCACACAGUGACAGUCUGAAUGUCCACACAGAGACAGUCUGAAUGUCCACACAGAGACAGUCUGAAUGUCCACACAGUGACAGUCUGAAUGUCCACACAGUGACAGUCUGAAUGUCCACACAGUGACAGUCUGAAUGUCCACACAGAGUAAUGAAAUGAAGUAGCUCUUAGCUUAACAUUUUUUUUUACAAAACAAAUCUGACAUUUCACUUAGAUUAGUGUUCAUAUGGUGGCAGAUCAAAGCGUAUCGCUGCGAAGAACACGGCUGCUGCUGCUGCUGCAGAGAAAUGAGCUCGGGUUUAUUCCCUCUCCGUCUGAGCCUCACCUCUAUAAAGUGCUGUAGUUGAGGGCAGUACGGGGCAGAAGACACAGCUGUAUACACUCACAGCUCAGACACUACAACUAAUCAAGACAAUUUUGUAUAUUUACUCCAUGUGACAAAGCACAUCUACAAUCCACGAACCGGAGGAAUUUAAACAAGGACAGAAAAUACUGCCUUCCUCUUCAGCAGACUGGAACACAGCUGUAGAUGUUUCCAUCAAGUCCCCAUGAGAGAAAUUAAGGGCAAGAAACUCUGGAGAACUUCAGGCCUUCUGCGAUUCACAGAGCAGUUCUUCAUGCAUCUUUAUUCUACACUUACAAUGGGUGCAAGCGCCGAAAGACCUGUGUUGGACUUCGGGUUUGUGCAGCUUAAUAUAUCCAGCUGCCAAUGACUGAAGCUUAUGUCUGGGGCAAUGGAAGUGUGAGCAACACAGAGCAAUACUAGUGAACCAUGGCUGCCCAUCGCAUUCGUGUGACCAACAACAACAAUGUUCUCCCACGAUGCAAGUCAGAAGGCACACUGAUUGACCUCAACGAGGACGUGUCAGAGGCCAGUCUUACAGAGGUCAAAGUUCCUUCCCCCAGCGCAUUGCGUUUGGACACCACUGCAUCUUUUGGGACCGCACAGGAAGUAGUUGCCAUCAAGGACUACUGCCCUAACAACUUCACCACGUUAAAGUUCUCCAAAGGAGAUCGCCUGUACGUGUUGGAUGCAUCCGGAGGAGACUGGUGGUAUGCUCACAACAACACAGAGAUGGGAUACAUUCCCUCUUCAUAUGUCCAACCUGUUGGCUAUCGAGACUCUUGUCUCAGUGACAGUGGAAUGAUUGACAACCUGGGAGACUCUUCGGACGAAGGCGUGAAGGAGUUAGACUUGUUGGGAGAGUGGACUGGAAUGUCAGUGAAGUUCAAUCAACCUUGCAACAGCAAAAACAACCCGUUUAUAACAAAUCCGUUUCUCAGCGGGACGGUGCAGAACCAGCUACAAACCCACAACACCAACCAACACAACAGCAUCGACUUGCUUCUGUUUGAAUCUCUGACUCCGUCCGCUCCUGUCUCUACGGCCAGCAGCAACGGCACCAGUAACGGAUAUGGUAGCAGCAUUUUUGAUGGCACCCCCACUAGCCCUAACGUGGAAACCUUGCAAGUGUUCCACAAGGACAACCCGUUUUUCCGAAGUAAAAGAUCUUACAGUUUGUCAGAGUUGUCAGUCCUACAGUCUCAAUCGACUCCUCCGUUGCAACCGUCCGAGUUCUAUAGCGGUCUUAAAGCACCUUCUCCAGAGCAGUUUAAGAGCAGAGAGGACUUCAGAACAGCUUGGUUAAACCAUAGGAAGUUGGCACGCUCGUGUCAUGACCUUGAUUCCUUGGGACAGAACCCAGGGUGGGGCCAAACACAACCAAUUGAGACUAAUAUUGUUUGUAAGCUGGACAGUUGUGGUGGGGCAGUUCAACUGCCGGACACUAGCAUCAGUAUCCAUGUUCCCGAGGGUCACGUUGCAGCUGGAGACACCCAGCAAAUCUCCAUGAAGGCAUUACUGGAUCCCCCACUGGAACUAAACAAUGACAGGUGUACUACAGUCAGUCCUGUAGUCGAGAUCAAACUCAGUAACAUGGAGAUAAAGUCGUUCAUAACCUUGGAGAUGAAAGUAUCUGUAGAAGUAAAGAAAGAGAGCAGACAAAUGACAAAGGUGGUAUGCGUGAGGAGUGACAGUAAAGACGGCCCAUACAUCCCGAUUCCUCAGGCUUACAUAUACGGCGACACGGUUCAGGUUCAGCUGGACAGCCUGGAACCUUGUAUGUAUGUCGCAGUUGUGGUCCAGUCCCAAAACAUCUCCUUUAAUUUAACAGUUUGGGAUCAAGUAGUAAAGAAAAUUACAUUGGGCCUGUAUGGACCCAAGCACAUCCAUCCGUCCUUUAAGACCGUGGUUGCGGUUUUUGGGCAUGAUUGUGCUCCGAAGAUGCUGCUCGUGUCUGAAGUCGGGAAACAAGCUCAGUCCGCGCCUCCCGUUGCACUCCAGCUGUGGGGUAAGCACCAGUUUGUCCUCAACAGGCCUCAAGACCUUGAAAUAGGCAUGUACUCAAAUAUGUGCAACUACGAGGUAAAAAUGAAUGAUCAGGCCAGGGUGGUCCGGGGCUUUCAGGUAAAACUCGGCAAGGUCAGUCGGCUCAUAUACGUCAUCACGUCUCGAAAUGCGCAAGAGCUGUCGGACUUCACCUUACGGGUUCAGGUGAAGGACGAUCAGGAUGGCAUCCUUGCUCAAUUCUGUGUCCAGACGCCGCAGCCGCCUCCUAAAACAGGAAUCAGAGCUAACGGCCAGCGGAGAUUCCUGAAGAAGAAGGAAGUAGGGAAAAUUCUGUUGUCCCCUUUGGCCAUCACCACUAAAUACCCACAGUUUCAAGACCGCUGCAUCACCAACUUAAAAUUCGGUAAAGUGAUCAAGACCGUGAUCAGGCAAACAAAGAACCAGUAUUUGCUGGAAUAUAAGAAGGGUGACAUCAUCGCCUUGCUAAGCGAGGAGAAGAUCAAAUUAAAAGGACAACUCUGGACCAAAGAGUGGUAUAUUGGUUACUAUCAGGGAAAGACUGGACUUGUACAUGUGAAAAAUGUGCUUGUCUUAGGGAAAGUAAAGCCCAUAUAUUUCUGUGGGCCAGACCUCACAACCUCAGCGCUCUUGGAACAGAUUCUCAAGCCCUGCAAGUUUCUUACCUACAUUUAUGCCUCUGUGAGGACUGUGCUUAUGGAGAACUUGGGAAACUGGAGGGCAUUCGCAGAUGCCCUAGGUUACGGUAAUCUGCCCCUGACUUACUUCUGCAGGGCAGAUUUGGAUAGUGAACCUGAGAGAGUGGCUUCUGUGCUGGAGAAACUCAAAGAGGACUGCAACAACAUGGACAUGAAGGAGAAGAAAUCUUUUCAGAAGGAACUCAUGAUGGCUUUAUUAAAGUUGGACUGUCAGGGUUUGGUGGUGCGUCUCAUGCUGGACUUCGUCCUCUUGACGACUGCUGUGGAAGUGGCUCCUCGCUGGAGGGAACUGGCUGAGAAACUCGCUCGUGUCUCCAAGCAGCAGAUGGACGACUACGAAGCUCCACACAGAGACCGGAAUGGAGUCAUGGACUCGGAGGCCAUGUGGAAGCCAGCAUAUGACUUCCUGCUGACGUGGGCAGCUCAGAUCGGCGACAGCUACCGCGAUGUGAUCCAGGAGCUCCAGCUGGGUCUGGACCGGAUGAAGAACCCGAUCACCAAGCGCUGGAAACAUCUCACAGGAACACUCAUCCUCGUCAACUGUCUCGACAUGCUGCGGAGCUCCGCCUUCAGUCCUGCCUCUCAUGACGACUUCGCCAUCUAGAACGUAGCGACAUGGCGGGCGAUCUUCUCCACCCACGGUGUUCUCCGUAUUUAGGAAGACACACCGAUGGGCGGGGCUUCAGGACUGAUUUGCAUGUUUUACCUCAGUAGGACAAGUGAGCAGAUCCUCACACAUUGACCUUUGACCAUCUCUGUAUGUCUGUCCAUCUCAGUCUGUCUCGAGUCAUCUUCUCCGGCAGCCACAACGCUGUCACCGGUUCACUCGCGGUUACUGAUGUUUUGUCAGCGUGUUUACUUUUUAUACAAUUUUUAGGAUCAGCUGUAAAUGAUGUUCUUUCAGUAGCAGAUAAAGAAAGGUGACGUUACGUCUACUAACAUGUCGAGCCGCCACUUUUCUCUUCGUCAGUCUGUCUUUACUAACAAAAACGGACAAUCUGCGACCCAGACAGACGGUUAGUUAGUUAGUUAGCGCUAGCGUCGUCCUAGCGGAUAAUUAGCGAGUCGUCUGAACUUUACACGCGGUUUUGAACAUGUUUCUAAAAGUGAUCAGCGGUCGGAAUUAUAAAAUUCUGUUUUUAUUUGUUUACCUUCUUCAGAAUCAGGCUAAACUGUUAAAGGAUCGUGAUCUGAUCUAAUCUAAUCUAAUCAGAGUCACAUCACACGGCUGUGGUAAUCCUGACGUAGUGCAUUGUGGUUAAUACACACACACACACACACUCACACACACUGUACUGAAGGAACAACCAGUCCAACCAAGCAGAGUUUGUCUGUAGCCUUGAAUGGGAGAAAGUGCUUUCAUUGCCAAAUACUGAUCUGUGUUCAGUGUUAAGUUGCAGUAUUAUUCAUCCCUUCUUCAUCCCUUUCUUCUUUUCUACUCGCCGUCGUUCAGACGGGCGUGCCGCACACUCGCCGAUGGCUUUAGUGUUAAGUGACCUCCCGUGUGUCGUGUGUAUUAGUGUGUAGUUUAUCUCCACACACUUGACGCUCGUCUGCUGUCACACUGUAUCUUCUGUCUCCUCUUCCAGGACAUUUCGGGGUUAUUUAAGCCACGUGUUUAGAGCCACGUGUCGAUCGGAUGUGAUGUACGACGUGUUGGAAUCCGAGUCAAUAAAUAAAUGCGCUGUCACUUUGGAAA